CAUCAUGAAGGUUAGAGCGCUCUGCAUCAGACUGGUGAUGAUUGUGUUGAUGCUGCUGGUUGCACAUGUUCAGCAAAGUUAUCCUAAGACUCCUUAUGCAGCUUUUCGCAUCGUUCCAACCAGACUGCAGCUCUUUGAAUACGAGUCCGUCCAUUUUACCUGUGAGGGGUUUAAUGUCUCAGCUGGCUGUACAGUGAGGAACAUCAAGGAAUCCAUUCAAAAAUGUUCAAAUGACACAGUUACAUCAACUGUCACCUGCACCAUUGACUAUGCCUUUGUAUCAGACACUGGAGAGUACUGGUGUGAAGGUGGAGGAGGAGAGAGAAGCAACACUGUCGACAUCACUGUCACUGGUGGUCAUGUGAUCCUGGAGAGUCCCGUCCUUCCUGUGAUGGAGGGAGACGCUGUGACUCUGAGCUGCAGAUACGAGACUUCAUCCACCAGCCUCCCAGCUGUCUUCUAUAAAGAUGGGCUCUUCAUUGGGAACAGUUCCACAGGAAACAUGACGAUUGAAAGGGUCUCCAGGUCUGAUGAAGGACUCUACAAGUGUGACAUCUCUGGAGCUGGAGAAUCACCAGAGAGCCGACUGGCUGUCAGAGAUGGCAGCUCUACAAGUGUUUCCAAUUCUGAUGAGGGACUCAAAAAGUCCGGAAUCUCUGGAGCUGGAGAAUCAUCACAGAUCGGGCUGGCCGUCAAAGCAUCUCACAAAGACGUUCAUUUCCCCCUCCCUUUCUACAUCCUGUUGGGGAUCAUAGUCACGGUCGUGUUGUUCCUGCAGCUGCUGGUGAUGGGACUACUUUACUUGAAGAAACAGCUCGUGUUAUUAGAGGCAAACCUGAAUGAUCCAAAAAAGGAUCUGUAUGCUGUCGUCAAGAAAAACAGGAAGAAGAAGAAGAAGAAGAAGAAAGACGCUGCAGACGCUGAGGAUAAUUUGAGCUUCGGCCUCGACUCAACCUAUUGCACAAAACCACAGACAGAAAAAGAUAACGCUGAACCUUUGCCUCAGUCUUUCCGCUCCACCUUCACCUUCGAUGACACUUCGCCAGCUCUCCAAGAUGAUGAAGAGGAAGAAACCCCUUACUGAAGGAGACGGAGGAACGUCUCUCAUCACGCCAUAUCUGCAAGAAGGUUUACAGACUUUCAAAAUAAACUUUGCUUGACAUAACUUUUAGUUUUUAGUAUGCUGUUGGUACUCUCUAUGCAACAUGUUGUGAGUACUGUUUGUUUUUGUUCAUCAAGUACUGUAUCUUUACAUCCUUGUAUCUG